UAAUUAUUUCGUACCUAUGUAAUUUGAUUGAUAACUGGAAGUCAUACACACUUAUAACAUUAUUAUACAUGUACCAAAACGCUUCGGAUCUAUAUAAUAGGAUCCCGUCAAAUGCGUAAUGACUUACGAAACUCGACCACCAUUACUGCAGUUCUAGUCCGGAGCUCUUCACGCGCACACAAACUCGCAUAAUAAACGGGCGGUGCAGUCCAUAUAUACGAUACCUAUAUUAUACCUAUUAUCCAUACGAAAAUAUCGUAACCCACCCGGAACGUAAACCACUAACCGUUCAAAAACAAAAAUGUCAACGAUGAAAAUAUCGACUGUGGUCUCGCUGUCGUUGUGUUUGUGGUUGUCGGUUGUCCUGCAGACGAUGGCGGUCGGAGAGGCUGCCCGAAUAUUGGCCGUCGAAACUAUAGCGGGCAAGAGCCACUGGUACUUCAUGAGAUCGUUGCUUAGGUCGCUGACGGACGCCGGACACACGGUGACCGUUUUCACGCCGUUUCCGGACGGCGACCGGGUCAACUACACGGAAGUGGAUACGUCCCGCGACUUCCCGAUGAAGCUCGAUAUGGACGUGAUGCAGACGAUCCGGGAAUUUGGAGAUCCGUUCAUGAUAACGAAUCUUAUGUCCGGAAUUGCUCGAACCUACUGCGACGUGGUCUACAGCAACCAGAAGCUGGCUGACAUAAUGGCUCCCCAGGUAUGCGACCGCUACGACCUACUCUUAAUCGAGCCGCUGGGCUUCGACUGCGUUUCCUAUCUGGCCGACUCGCUCGGUCUGCCUGUGAUCUACUCGAUCCCAUCGCCAAUGAUUACCUUCGCCGAGCGACUGUUUACCGGCCAUGUGUCCAACCCGGCUUGUGUGUCCCAUAUGUUUGCCGGCCACGCUGUGCCCGGCACAUUCGUCCAGAGGUUCACUAACACGGCGCUGCUGACGUACAGCAUGGCCAAAACUAAGUACGACCAGCUGGUCACCUUCUUCACCGACCCGAGACUGUAUGAUCUGGCACCGACCGUCAACCCGUCUAUAAUCUUCCAGAACAGUCAUUACGUCACCGAGUCAUCAAUACCUGUCACGCCGAACGUUAUCUACGUGGGUGGCAUACACCUGAAACCCGCCAAAUCUAUACCAAAAGACAUAUUAGAUUUUAUCGAAGAUUCACCCCAAGGAGUGAUUUUCUUCACAUUCGGUUCCACAAUUAAAGUGUCAUCGUUGCCGGAACAUAUUGAACAGUCAUUCAAAGAAGCGUUAGCCAACGUUCCUCAGAGAGUUUUAUGGAAAUACGAAGGUGAAAUGAAAGACAAACCGAAAAACGUGAUGACGAGAAAAUGGUUCCCUCAACGAGAUAUACUAUUACAUCCCAAAGUGAAACUGUUCAUCAGUCACGGAGGUAUUUCCGGAGUGUACGAAGCUGUGGAUGGUGGUGUUCCCGUACUGGGAUUUCCAGUAAUUUACGAUCAGCCGAGAAAUAUUGAAAAUUUGGUCCUCAAUGGAAUGGCUAUAUCCAUGGACCUGUUGUCGACGACCAAAGAAAAACUGUCCAAGGCCAUUUCGGAACUCAUAAACGACGAAAAAUACGCGAAAAAUGCUAAAACUGCUUCUAACCGUUUCAAAGAUCGACCGAUGACACCCCAACAGUUGGUCGUUUAUUGGACGGAGUAUGUAAUCCGUCACAAAGGCGCACCACAUUUGAAAUCUCACGCUCUGAACCUCACUUGGUAUCAAUACCUCAUGUUAGAUAUAAUUGCCGUAGCGUUGAUUUUUGCUUUGCUAAUCAUAUUUGUUGUCUUUAAGGUUUUCAAAUGUAUAAAAACUUUUACAAAAGAUAAAGUUAAAACACAAUGAGUCUAGUAGUCAACGUUUGUCAUAGUGACUAGUGGCUACCAAAAUACUGCACCAUUGGACACAAAUCGUGUAGUGUUUAUCUUUACUAUUAUCACUAUUACUUUUAACAAUGUAUAAAAUUAUAUAAAUUUUUAUUACUAUUAUUAAUAUUUUGAUGUAAGAUUUAUGGUUGUUUUGUAUCCGGCAGGCGUAAAAGACGGAUUACUAAACUAAAUAUAAGUGCAAUCGAAAAGAAAAAGUGCACCAAAUAAACAUCAUAAAUUAGAUAGCAUGGUUCUCCAAUUCCAAUUUCCGAGAUAUGUUAUAUAUAAUUUUGUUAAAUUAUUAUUAAGGAGAUAAAAAAGGAAUGAGUCUUUAUUAACAUAUCGGAGAUUUUUUGGAGUUUUUAAGAAAAUAAAAUCCUAUUUCUAUAGUAAUAUUAUAUUCUCUAUAAUGAUAUCAUAUUAAAUUAAAAAAAGAUGAAGUGGACAGACUCAAGGACUAGCGUGAUAAUUGAUAUGAGCCUUGUACAGUCUUGUAAAAGAUACUUUUAAAAUUGUAUUUAAAUACAGAUACAAAUACAUCCAUUCAGAAAGUAUUUAAAAUACAUUUCAAAUACUUUCAAGAAAAAGUAUUUAAGAACAAAAUAUAAAUACUUGCCAUGUAUUUAAAUACUUUUUAAAUACUUUUUUUUAUUUUACUUUUCCACUAGUUAGUUUGCUAAAUUAAUUUUUUAAUUACUAAUUUAAAACUGUCUUAAUACAUUCAUCUAGGUAUUACUAGAACUUUUUGUACCACUUUCAAUUGUAUACUGAAAAAUUAAAAUAAAUAAAAACUUGUUGUA